CGGCUCCCACCGCCGCACCUGCCUGACCUGGGGAUGUGGGUCGUUACCUCUGGCCAAGAGGCUGCCUCCUGAGCAGGGGCAAGGAACAGACCCCGGCCUUCCCGCCUCUCGCCGGGAAAGAAAGAGCUGACCACCCCGAGACCUGCAGCGCGGGGGCAGCCGCGGGCAGAUGGCUCUUUCUCCGCCUCCUCUUUCUCCGCCUCCUCUUUCUCCGCCUCCUCUUUCUCCGCCUCCUCUUUCUCCGCCUUUUCCUGUAACGGCUGCUGACUCUCGGCGCAAUAUUUGAACUGCUGCGGGCGGACGGGAGCGGAUUACACAGAUAUUUCCCUUCGUACUCUUGAGAGGAAUACUUUGCCAGAUUCCUUAGGAACACGGAGAAGAUGUAUAUCAAAUCAAUUAUUCUUGAAGGUUUUAAGUCGUAUGCUCAGAGGACUGAAGUUAGUAACUUUGACCCAUUAUUCAAUGCUAUUACUGGUUUGAACGGUAGUGGCAAGUCCAAUAUCUUGGACUCAAUCUGUUUCCUGUUGGGAAUCUCCAACCUGUCACAGGUACGAGCUUCCCACCUGCAAGAUCUAGUUUAUAAAAAUGGACAAUCUGGAAUUACUAAAGCAACUGUGUCUAUUACCUUUGAUAAUUCUGACAAGGAACGAAGUCCUCUGGGAUUUGAAGGUAACAAUGAGAUCACUAUCACUAGGCAGAUUAUCAUUGGAGGUAGAAAUAAGUAUCUCAUCAAUGGUGUGAAUGCUACUAACACACGCGUGCAGGAUCUCUUCUGUUCUGUUGGACUCAAUGUCAAUAAUCCUCACUUCCUCAUUAUGCAGGGACGAAUUACCAAAGUCCUAAAUAUGAAGCCACCAGAGAUUUUAUCUAUGAUUGAAGAAGCAGCUGGUACUAGGAUGUACGAAAGUAAGAAAAUAACUGCCCAGAAGACCAUAGAGAAGAAGGAAUCCAAACUGAAAGAGAUUCAAAAGAUCUUGGAUGAGGAGAUCACUCCCACUUUACAGAAACUAAGAGAGGACCGAUCUUCAUAUCUAGAGUACCAAAAAGUAACACAAAAAAUAGAACAUUUGAGCCGUCUCUGUAUAGCUUAUCAAUUUGUGCUGGCUGAAGAGACAAAGCUGUCCUCCACAGGAAUAUUAAAGGAAAUGCAGACCAACAUAGAGAAGUUUAAAGAAUCAAUGUCUGAAAAUGAAAGGAAAUUGAAAGAACUUAAUGAAGAAAUAGCGGAGAUGGAAAAAGAAAGGGAUAAGGAAGUUGGUGGUGCACUCCGUUCACUGGAAGAUGCUUUUUCAGAAUUGCAGAGAGUGAAUACUAGGGCACAAAGUGCCCUUGAUCUCAAGAAGCGAAACUUAAAAAGUGAAGAGAUUAAAUAUGAAGAGCUGGUAAAACACAUGCAGGAGGAGUCUAAAGCAUUAGCAUCAAAGGAGAAGGAAGUAAAGAAGAUCAAAAAUGAACUAAAUGGUCUACAGGAUGCAAGUGAAAAGGAAGCAGAUGCUUUAUCUGCAGCACAACAGUAUUUUAAUGCUUUAUCUGCUGGUUUGUCUGGUAAUGAUGGCGGGGAAGAAGCUACUCUUGCUGGGCAAAUGUUGACCUGCAAGAAUGAAAUCAGCAAAGCAAUAACAGAGGCUAAACAGGCUGAAAUGAAGUUGAAUUAUGCACAACAAGAAUUAAAGAAAAAACAAGCUAAAGUUGAAAAGGUGGAUGGGAGUUACAGGAAAGACCAAGAAGCAUUUGAAGCUGUCAGUAAAACAAAAGCAUCACUGGAAAACCAAAUGAAGAAGCUGAACUAUGAAGAACAAAAAGAAGAAACCCUUUUAGCAAAAAAGAAGGCACUGACUGAGGACAUCAGCCGUCUGAGAGAAGCAUAUGAAGGUUUAAUGACAAAGUUUCCUCAUCUGCACUUUGAAUACAAUGACCCAGAAAAAUACUGGGAUAGAAACUCUGUCAAAGGCCCUGUUGUGACGCAGAUCAUUGUGAAAGACAUGUCCAAAGCAAAAGCCCUGGAAGUGACAGCUGGAGGGAAGCUCUAUAACAUUAUUGUGGACACAGAGGUUACUGGCAAAAAGAUUCUAGAGAAGGGUGGACUGAAGCGUCAAUACACCAUCAUUCCACUAAACAAAAUUUCAGCCAGGUGUGUUGCACAUGAAAUCAUCAAGUUGGCCCAAUCCUUGGCUGGUCCCGGUAACUUGGACUUAGCCCUGUCUCUGAUUAGGUAUGAGCCUGGAUUACAGAAAGCAAUGGAAUAUGUCUUUGGAGUGACAUUGAUCUGUAACAAUAUGGACAAUGCAAAGAAAGUGACCUUUGACAAAAGGAUCAUGACAAAGACUGUUACAGUCGAUGGAGACACGUUCGAACCCCAUGGCACCCUGCAUGGAGGUGCACGCCCAAAGACUGUACCAAUAUUGUCUAAACUUCAAGAAAUGAAAGACAUUGAAGAAAAACUCAAGACAAAUGAUUUUGAACUUGAGGCUGUAGAGAAAGAUCUGGCAAGCUUGAAGAGUAAUGCUGAAAAGUACCGGCAUCUGAAGCAGGACUGGGAGAUGAAGUCUGAGGAAGCAGAGCUGUUGAAAACAAAGCUUCAGCAAAGUGCUUAUCACAAGCAAGAGGAGGAGCUGCUUGCCCUGAAGAGAACCAUUGCGGAGUGUGCGGAAGCAUUGAAGAAUACUAAAGAGAGCCAAAAGAAAGCAGAAGAUAAAUACAAAAUGUUGGAGAGUAAAAUGAAAAAUGCAAAAGCAGAAAGUGAAAAGGAACUAAAAAAUGCCCAGGACAAACUAGAUGCUGCCAAGAAAAAGGCAGAAGCUUCAAGCAAAACAGUGAAAGAAAAGCAGCAGGAACUUGAAGCUUUAGUUCUGGAACUUGAAGAGCUGAAACAAGAAGAGGCCUCCUAUAAACAACAGAUAGAGGCUGCAGAUAAAGCAAUCAAAUGCUUACAAGAGCAAGUUAAUGCUUUGGCAGCUGAGGUGUCCGAGACAAAGGAGUCUGUAGAGAAAUCACAGAAGGAGCUGGCCAAGCAAAAAGAAGUAAUUAUGUUACAGGAUAAAGAAAUUAAGGCCAAAUCUGCAGAGAUGGUAAAAUGCAGAGAACAAAAUAAUGAAUUACAGCUUCAGAUUAAAUCAAUAGAACACAACAUCAGCAAGCAUCAACAAGAGUCUGCUGAUGCUGCUGCCAAGGUGACCAAAAUGCUGACAGAGUAUGCGUGGCUAGCUUCAGAGAGACCACUUUUUGGUCAGCCAAACACAGCCUAUGACUUCAAAACUAAUGAUCCUAGAGAAGCAAGUCAGAAGCUGAAGCAACUGCAGGAGAAAAAAGAGAACUUGGGAAGGAAUGUGAACAUGAGAGCUAUGAAUAUGCUUUCUGAGACAGAGGAGAGGUAUAACGACUUAAUGAGGAAAAAGAGAAUCGUAGAGCAGGACAAGUUAAAAAUUCUCACAACUAUUGAAGAGCUUGACCAGAAGAAAGCUGAAGCUUUAUCUAUUGCUUGGAAAAAGGUGAAUGAAGACUUCGGUUCAAUUUUUUCAACACUCCUACCAGGAGCCAAAGCUAUGCUAGCAGCCUGUAAAACAGAUGAUGUCCUGGAUGGUCUGCAGUUCAGAGUUGCCUUGGGAAACACGUGGAAGGAAAACUUAAUGGAACUCAGCGGAGGACAAAGGUCAUUGAUGGCCUUGUCCUUGAUCUUGGCGAUGCUUCUCUUCAAACCUGCCCCCAUUUACAUCUUGGAUGAAGUAGAUGCAGCUCUUGAUCUCUCUCAUACCCAGAAUAUUGGGCAGAUGCUUCAUACCCAUUUCAGACACUCCCAGUUCAUUGUGGUGUCCCUGAAGGAUGGAAUGUUCAGCAAUGCUAAUGUCCUCUACAAGACCAAGUUUGUGGAUGGUGUGUCCACCAUCACAAGACACAGUCAGUAUCAAAACAAAAAUAACAUACCUACCCUGGAGAAAGCCAAGACAGCAGUAGACAGUGAACAGGUGUGACUGACGGCCCUUGAUGUGCAUUUACAGCUGCCAUAGUGUUCUAUGAGCUAUGUUACAUCUGGGCUCUUAGUUCGCAUCCACAGCUCAUUUAGAAUUUGAACUCGCACACUUCUGCCCUGCCUGUGCUUACCGCUGGGGGCGUCGCCGGAGGCCCGCGGCAGGCAGCCAGGCUGAAACUGAAACACUGACUUGCAUUCAGAAAACCUGCUGCAAAGCCUAAGCACUGUCUUUUCUCCUUUCGCUGAAUACUAGAGAAAAGGGGCAUACUCAUUUUUAACCUACUAUUUGAAGCUAUAUUUGUAUAUUUUAAGCUAAUUGUUUUUAGAAUUUGCUGUUCUUGACAAUAAAUGGCACCUGCCUCCCCUCGUUUGAACAG